AUGUAUCGACACCGAAAAAAACAACUACCUCCACCACCUCCGCCUGCCCAUGGAGAUGGACGAACCCGUCAAGGCUUACAGAAUCCCCUAAGCGAGGGUACUUAUUCCCAUCCUCGAGCUGCACCGUUACCACCAUUACCACCACCACCAGUACAAGCACAAGCACAAGUAUCCGAUCCAGUCAUCACACCAAGUUCAAGUUUUCCACUUGGUGGCGGUGCUCUCCCAGGACUUCCACUUGGCACCGACUAUAGAGGUACCUCUACCUCUACCCAACCACAACCGCAAUCAGAACCGCGACGACGUCCGUUGCGUCCAGCACCAUGGAGAACGCCUACUUCCCCUCAACGACCUCCGCCUGGGCGGUGGUUGGAUCGGGCACUUGUAGUAUCUUCCACCCCUCAAUGGCCUGCGCAGAGAAGGUUCAGGGCUGGGUCUCUUCCUCCUAUCCACUACGAGCAACGAACAUCGCGGGGAUCACGGCCAGAGACAGCUCAUACUAGAGAUGGAGGAGGAGUGCAGAUUUCGUCGAGGGAGGGUGCGAGAGUGGUGGUGUCGCCUGUGCUGAUAAUUCCUUCAGGGCCAGGGUCAGGGGGGAUGUCGCCUGCUGUGGAUGGGCGACGAGGGCCUUCUGCUUUUGGGAUUCCCAACAUGAAGCGAAAGAUACUAAGCAAAUUGCCAACAAGAAAGUUGGUUGCGGACAAUGACCACGGUACAGCGGAAGAGAAGGGGGGUGGGGUGUCUACAGAUACCUCUAGGAGGGGGGAUGACGAUGUCGAGGGACAAGUUUUAGGGCUGAGGGUAGGAAAGGGAAGAAAGAAUUCAGGAGGAGUGGGAAGGAGACAAAGCGCGGAUUCAAUAUACUCUCAAGACAUGGAAAUCUCGGAGGGAAGGGAGUCGAUCUUCGCGGAGACGUAUCAUCUGUUCAUGUUUGGGGAGCAUGGGGAUGGAGAAGAGAGGAGUCAAGGGUGUGUGGAUAAUUCCAAGAAAAAAGGAGAAGACCGGAGAUGGAAAUGGGAACCACCAUGGCUUUUCUCACCUGAUACUCCCGGUGCGCCACUCGGAAGCCACUACCGACGCCAGAAUCCGAUUGUACCUUCAGUUGAACCUAGAGACAAAUUGGAAGAAUGGCAUGGAAGUGAACGAGAGCCGACCAGUCCGACGCCUAUUCGCGCCGGGACUACCAAUCGCAUCAUAAGAAAGCCAGCAAGGCUGAACCUGAGACCAUCAAGCACCCAGCAGGUAUUGAGGACUCCUUCUCCGCUGUCGGCGACGUUGAAGAGGCCUGGACCGCAUGUGCCGCAUGGGGGCCGUUUGGGGUUGACUUCCGCACCUACUUCCACGAAGGAUGUUCCUGCUGGUGGUGCUGGUCAUGCGGCUCCGAUGUUUGCUCGGGUGUUGACUGCUAGUCCGGAGGUGAUGAGUUCGGUUGCGGCAGAGGAAGAUGAGAGGAGGGGGAUGGUGAGUCGAUGGUCGACGGACUCGUCGGACAUGUCGGACUCGUCAGACUCGUCGGAUGAGGAGGUGGUGGAUAGGGAGGUGUGGGCUGUUUCUGGGGGUCCUACUCGGGAAGCAUGUGAGAAAUUUGGACAAAAGUCGGUAGAAGAACCGGCAAAAGGGCUGCUACAAGGGAUCUUGGGUAAAGACUAUGAAAGACAGAGACCAUCGGAAGAGCCGAUACGAGAAACAUUAUGGGCAAAAGACCGGCCAGCAGGACAAGAGCCUAACGCGAUCACUGCCACCGAAUCUUGCCGUGUUCUUCAAGAAAACGAAGGUAGGGAGCAACAACAGGACGAAGAACCGAUUCCACGGUUCCACAACCUCACUACCCAGCUUGCGAAUGUUCAAGCGGCCCUUGACCACAUUGUGUCCCAAGUCACAAGUGUCGAGACAGCAUUCGGGCGAGUGCGCGAGGCGAUGAUUGCCUUACGUAAGCAGGCAACGGAGACGCUUAUUGAUACUCAGCAGUUUUCUGAAGAGGUUAAGGGAGUGCAGAGACAACUGACAGAGGUAAAGAGACAGUUAAAAGGUAAAAUAAAGGAGGUUGUUGGCAAUGGUGAGAAUAGGCCAAAGCAAGCAAGGAAGGAAGAGGAAAAUAGUAGACAUAAGGAAGGGCAUGAUGACCAAAAAGGACAUGAAAAGGAACAGUAUAAGGAGAGGGAAACGAAGGAGGAACAACAACGUCCGGAGGAGCCACGAGAAGGACCGCCGAAGUCACGGAGGGGACCACCGAGCGGGCCGGCGCCGGGAGGGGCGGAGUGGGUUUGA